AAUAAUGCCUUAGAUUUGUUGUUGUUCUUGUUACAGGGAAGCGGUUCCACGGAAAAAUAAUAGAAAAGGAAAAAGAAAAAAAAGACAAGACAAGACAACAAUGGCAACAGAGAGACAAACUCCAUUGGCUUCUACAUCUCGUGAAGACAACGCUCUGUUUUUAGAUAUACUGCAUGAAGCUCCUUUGUUCGGUCACCGCAAGUCUAGAAGCAUCUUCGGGAGUGUGGUUUACUUUUUAUUAUUGGCAAGUUAUGCUGCAUUGGCAAUCGCAGCUCCAUGGAUAUUUCAUCCUAUACAGAGAUUUACUUCGCAAUUACUUUGCAGCUGCGCUGUUGUUCUUUUAGCCGUUACAGGAAUCUUUCAACAGUAUUUGGUAUACCAGGUUCAAAAAAUACGUUUACAAGGUUAUUAUAGUUUUAGCCAGAAGUUGAAGCAUAUAGUUCGCCUUCCAUUUGCAACUAUUGCAUAUGGAACUGCUGCAAUGCUACUUGUAAUGGUUUGGAGACCUCACACCAGUAUUCUCUCUAUCUCUGCUAUAUUGAGAAUCAUUAUGCUAGUUGAAGCAAUAUGUGCAGGUUCAUUUAUUAGUCUCUAUAUUGGUUAUGUGCACCAGUACAACUCUUUAAACUCCCAACCUGAUGUCUUGAAGUCGUUGUACUCUCCACUUCAACCAUCAAGUUCAUUGGAAGGUUUGAGAUAUUAUGAUGCUGGUCGGCUUUCUGAUCAGCAAAUGGCUUUGUUGCAGUACCAACGUGAAAACCUUCACUUUUUGAGCGAAGAGAUUCUUCGAUUGCAAGAGUGCUUAAGUAAGUAUGAACGGUCUGAUGAUGGUUCCACACCUCAGGUUGAUCUUGCCCAUUUAUUGGCAGCUCGUGAUCAAGAACUGAGAACGCUUUCUGCUGAGAUGAAUCAACUACAGUCGGAGCUUAGGCUGGCUAGAUCUUUGUUAGCUGAAAGGGACACUGAGAUUCAACGUGUGCGGACUACCAACAAUCAGUACGUAGAAGAGAACGAGAGAUUAAGAGCCAUCUUAGGAGAAUGGAGUACACGAGCAGCAAAGCUUGAGAGAGCAUUGGAGGUGGAGCGAAUGUCAAAUCUUGACUUACAAAAGAAGAUUUCAAUACUCGCUAAACAACCACAGGUAUCAACCGAACCAGCUGACCAAAAAAGAGCUUAAAUCAUUUGAGGUCUUCUCCAUGCUAAAAAACGAAAAGAUAGGCUGAUUCUGAAGAUGAGCAUGAAGGCUCCGCCCCGGUCAUAUGUAUAUAUAUCAUUUUGUGAAGUCAUUUUUUUGACUGGCGCAGUAGCACUAAUGAGAAUUAAUACAUAAUGACUCAAUCCAUUUUUCCGCA